GGAAGGCGGAGGCUGCCUGCAAGUGGUCUAAUCUCAAUGAGGUGUCAAUCAUGUUCCCCGCAGGGAGAAGCGGGAGCACAUGGAUUUCUAAACGCGCUGGGAUUUUAUAGAUCUACAACCAAAUACCAACGAGCCAACCUGACCCUACUGAAAACAGUCAAAUGAAUCGUAAUUGCAGAUCAAUGCAGAGAGAUGGGGAAACUUCACUCGAAACAUGCUGCCGUUUGUAAACCCCGAGAAAGUCCAGAAGGUGAUAGUUUCGCGGUGAACGCCUCUCUGGCUCGCAAAGGGCUGGAGGACUGGAUGGUGAAGCAGAAAUACUCCGGGGGCAGCAGCAGCGGAGGCAGCAGCUCAGGACUCCAGCAAGGCUGCCAGCACCGGGCUGUUUGCAGGCUCUCCAGCGCCAGCAGGGAUUUAUCGGGGGAAGGCUACAGAGACGCUAUUGGUGAUGAAGACUUUCAUCUAGAAGUGGCUUUGCCUCCAGAGAAGACAGAUGGAAUUUGCAGUGGAGAUGAAAAGAAAGCAGAAAAAGAAAGUGACACACGCACAGGUUCCAAGAAGCAAUUGAAAUUUGAAGAAUUGCAGUGUGAUGUGUCUGUAGAGGAAGAUAACAGGCAAGAAUGGACCUUCACUCUGUAUGACUUUGAUAACAACGGAAGAGUCACACGUGAGGAUAUUACCAGCUUGCUUCAUACCAUCUAUGAGGUAGUUGACGCAUCAGUAAACCACUCUCCUAGUUCCAGCAAAACUCUGCGAGUGAAACUUACUGUGGCACCAGAUGGCAGCCAGAAGAAGAAGAGCAUCUUAUUAAAUCACACUGAUUUGCAGAGUGCCAGGCAUAGAGCUGAGAGCAAGGCUAAUGAAGAGGCAAGAAGCUCUGAGAAGAAGCAACGAGCUUCUCUCAGAUAUCACCAGAGUGAGAACAAUCCAGAGCAAAGUGGGUGCUAUCGUCAUUGCGUUGAUGAGAACAUUGAAAGGAGAAACCACUAUUUGGAUCUUGCAGGAAUAGAAAACUACACAUCAAAGUUUGGGCCAGGAUCUCCUCCAGCAGCUCAAAAACAUGACCCACCAAGCAGAGUUGUGAAUCAGACUAGAUCCCGUUCUCAUGAACCCGAAACCUUCCAUGCUCACCAUAGGAAAUCUCAAGUGGUGGAUCCCAGCCACAUCAAUCUGGCUGAGAGCUCCUACGCCAAGAUCGCAGAAAUCCAGCAGAGGCUCCGGAACCAGGACUCAAACAAGCACUUUGUGAGGUCUCCCAAGGCCCAGGGCAAAAACGUUGCCCCUGUGCAUCCUGGAAGGGCAGUAAGAAAUAAACCUUUUCAAGGGGCACCCAUGCCAAUGGCUUCCCCAAGUGCUCGGGUGGGCCAGAAUCUUCCUUACCUCCCCUUGCAAUCUCAACAGGUUCACAAGAAGCAUAAGCAGAGGGCGAAGGAGAAUCACCAAAUGUGCAAAACCUUUCAGUCUCCAGGGACGGUUGUGGAAAAGGAACAUGUGAGAGACCUGCCCACAGUCAUUUUAUAUGAAGGCCAAGUUGGACAAAUGAUACAAAGACAUGAACACCACCACCACCACGAGCACCACCACCACUACCAUCACUUCUACCAGACAUAAAACAGAUCCCACCAACAUCCUCCAAGAAUCAUCCCAUAUGAAGGAAAUGCGUUCUUGUGAUACCAGAACUAAGGCAUUACUAUGAUUAAUAUUAUUGUUACUCCAUUAAUAUUCAGCUAGCAUAUAUUUUAGAGGUUAUAUGGAACUCUUGAAACUUACCCUAUUUAUAUGUUGUGGAACUGCAUAGCUUACUUAAACACCUU